UCCUCCAAGAGAGGCACCCCACUCUUUUUUGGACACCUUGUGCAGCACAUGUCCUUGACCUUCUCUUGGAGGACAUAGGAAAACUUGAGUGGGUGACUCCAGUUGUGGAAGAUGCAAGGAGGAUCACCAAAUAUAUUUACAAUCACCCCUGGGUCCUACAUUUGAUGAGACAACACACCCAAGGGAAAGAUUUGGUGAGAGCUGGUGUCACAAGGUUUGCAGCGAUUUUCUUGACGUUGCAAAGCCUUCUUGCUGCAUUGACUUCUUUGAAACAAAUGUUUGUGAGUGGAGAAUGGCUUAACUCACUUUAUUCAAAGAAGCCUGAAGGAGAGGUUGUCGCAUGCAUAGUCUUCAACAGCCAAUUUGCACAAAGGGCUGCAGAGAUUGUGAAGGUGUCGGAGCCCUUGUUCGAGUUCUUCGCUUGGUGGAUGGGGAUAAAACCCCAAUGGGAUAUCUUCAUGAGGCCAUGGAUAGGGCCAAGGAGUCUAUCAAAAAUUACUACAAGGGGGAUAGGCUCAAAUUUGAUCCCAUUUGGGAAAUUGUUGAUAGGAGGUGGAACAAUCAACUCCACCAACCCAUUCAUGUAGCAGGGUACUUCCUCAACCCUCGUUUUAGGUUUGGGGGUUCUUACUCAGAUUUGAAUGGAGAAGUCAUGGAGGGCCUCAGUACAUGCAUUGAGAGGAUGGUACUUGAUGUUGAGGAGAGAGACCUCAUUGUGAGUGAGCUCCAAAAUUAUGAGGGAGGAAGGGGUAAGCUAUUCUCUUCAGAGUUGGCUAGGAGAGGAAGAACCACUCAAACCCCAGAUGCUUGGUGGCAAAAUUGGAGCGGAAACACCCCACAUCUCAAGAAAUUUGCCCUCAGAGUCUUAUGUCAGCCUUGCAGUUCAUCCAAUUGUGAGCGCAAUUGGAGCUUGUUUGAAGCAAUCCACACGAAGAAGAGGAGCAAGUUAGCGCAGAAACGACUCAAUGACCUUGUCUACGUGCAAUAUAAUCUUUGA